AUGGCCAUGGAGGGGGUGAAGGCCUGGACCUUCGUGCCGCCCGCGGCGGAGGCCGCAGCGCCGAACCCAGUUCCACCGAAGUGCGACUACACGGAGGGGGUGGGGCUGGAGGGCGCCAGGAUGAUGGAGUCAUUCCUGCUGCCGGCGGACAUCGCGGACCACAUGUGUUGCGACCGCGCGUUCUACGGGCAGGGCCACGGCGUCUCCCUGACGUGCUCCAGCGAGAGCGGCGGCAGCGCCGAGGUGGCCGCGCAGUGCAACUGCACCGUGUUCGCCGAGGUGACCGGCAGCAGCCGCCAGGCCGGCGCCAGGUCGUCCAAGGUGGUGCCGCCGGCGCGGGGGCAGUGCUUACUCUUCGAGGAGGUGAGCGGCACGGAGCCCGCGAAGGGGUCCGCCUCAGGUGGCGCGGUCAGCCCCGUGCCGCCCAAGAUGUGGCCCUCCUGGCCGGCCAGCAGCCCGUGGGUGACGGCCGUGGGCGCGACCCGCUUCGUGCAGCAGGACGUGUCGGCGCCGGAGAUGGCCACCGACCAGUUCGGCAGCGGCGGCGGCUUCUCUGACAUGUGGCCGGCGUUCCGGUCCCAGGCCGCUGUCGUCGAGGAGUACCUCAGGACCGCGCCAGGCCUGCCGCCAAGCGGCUCCUUCCCGCCAGGCGGCCGCGCCACGCCGGACGUCUCCGCGCUCGGGGAGGGGUACCAGGUGAUGAUCGGCGGGCACGUCGAGCCCAUCGGCGGCACGUCGGCGUCCGCCCCCAUGUUCGCCGCGCUGGUGUCCCUGCUGAACGAGGCGAGUUAA